AUGGAAGGAUCCGGAACUAUGACUUUGACUUCCGGUGCGGGACUCCCCAGAUCCAACGCCAUCGGGUUCGAAGAUUGGCUGUUCCCGGAAACGGAAUCGGGCGAGACCAACAAUAGCGGUGGUGCAAGUGGUAGUGGUGAACGAUUGAUGAUGGAUAUCGGGACACCGUGGAACAUGACCGAACCGGGUGUCGCGGAGAUGACCGGUGCACGUGACGCCGACUCGUCCAGCGCGACAUCGUCGGCCGGGUCACCGUUGGACCAGUUUUCAACGUUAUUUGACGCGGCCACGGGGACGACGACGACUACGACGACAACCGAGUGUUUGGGUGCGGGAUCCGCCGCUGACACAGCGGUUGUUGCCUCCGCUGGUAGCGGCAGCAAUUCCGCUUCGGAAUCACCGACGCUGGUGAAGAGCGAAGAAACGGCCGCAGGGGCCGGAGGUGCAGGACUAUGCGGCUCACAACAGCAGCAGCAACAGCAGCUGCCGUUGGAUACUCUAGACGGGUUCGCAGACCUCGAGCAGGCCGUUGGCCUGGGCAACGACCCAGAAACCCCCGGCAACGCGCUCGGCGGCCCUGGCAACCUUGCGGCACGCAAGCGCCGCGCGCCGCGCAAGCGGCUUACGGCGCAUCAGAAAGAGGCGCACAACAAGAUCGAGAAACGCUACCGCAUAAACAUCAAUACCAAGAUCUCAAAGCUCCAGCAGAUCAUACCGUGGGUCGCGUCCGAGGAAACCGCAUUUGACGCCGGCGAGGGCAAGGCCAAUGGCUCCGCUUCGUCGUCGUCGUCGUCGUCGUCUUCAUCGUGCAAUUACGGCACGGAUUCGGCGUGCUACGCUUCAGAUCCGGCAACGGCCGUCUCUGUGCGUCUCACGGACGUGGCAACGCCCAAACUCAACAAGAGCAUGAUCCUGGAAAAAGCCGUGGAUUACAUCCUUUACUUGCAAAAUAACGAGCGGUUGUACGAGAUGGAGGUGCAACGCUUAAAACGGGAACUGGAGCGUUCACGCAGGGAAAAGGAAUAA